CCGAAAAUCCGAAAUUCUAGGUCAAAAGCUGGGAGAGAGCGGCGCAAAUUCUCCACUUCACUUCGGCAUUCUCCCGCUGCGUUGAGACCACCCAACUUUUAAAACAAGGUACGGUAACUACGCGUAUACGGUAUCUUUUGACAGACAUGGCUCCAGCGCCGUGGGAGAUCGUACCAAGGCAUGAGACCUUGUUUGUUCUGGUCACGGGCGCGAGCAGCGGUAUUGGCUUGGGCAUUGGCCAGCGUCUCAUCAGCGAAUACCUUGCGACACGCUCGCUGUCAGCCCACCUCGUGUUGAUCCCCACCGCCCGGAACGUCAAGAAGUCUAAUGAGACUGUUUACGCGCUCCGGCAGCAUGCCAAGGAGGUCGCCCUAACCUCAACCACUCUCCGCGCCCGCGCUGGUCCCAGCUAUGAUCCGCGGCAAACCACGCGGCGUAUCCAUAUCCUUAGCGUCCAGCUGGACCUGUGUAACUUUUUGACCGUCCAACAGGCAGCUGACCAGCUCGUCAACGGCACAUUGAGCGGCCCGCCUAACGAGGGUGGUGCCGACGACGAUGCCGACUUCUUCGAGCCGCUCGUUGAUGUGCACAUUCCCCGCCUUGACUCUGUCAUUCUUAAUGCUGGCAUCGGCGGCUGGACAGGCAUCGACUGGCCCAAGGUUGUCCACAACAUUCUGACGCGGGGGAUCGUCCAGGCGACGACUUGGCCAACUUUCAAGGCUGCCACUCCCGGCUACCUUAUCAACCCGCUCCCUGCGAAGAAGAAUGCAGACCAAAGGGAUGCCAAAGUUCCUGUUCCACAGUCACGGCCUCAGCCUCAACCUCGGGUUGGAGAGGUGUUUUGCGCCAACGUGUUCGGCCACUACCUCUUUGUGCACGCGGUGACGCCGCUACUCUGGCGGGACUCUGAUCCGCUUCCUCCCGGCCGCAUCAUAUGGGAGAGCAGUAUUGAACCUGUUUGGGACAGCCUGUCGCUGGAUGACUUUCAGGGCAUCAAGACGGACGCGGCAUACGAAAGCUCAAAGCGGGUGACAGAUCUGCUAGCACUUACCUCGUCACUUCCCGCGGCCUGGCCGUUCGUGUCUUCGUGGCUAAAACCCGAUAAGAAGGCCAAUCCUACCGCAGCAGCCGCUACAAAUCCACCAAAAGUCUAUGUCGUGCACCCUGGCGUGGUGCAGACGACCAUGUUUCCGCUCAACGCCUUCCUGUUCUUCUGGUACCGCGUGGUGCUGUACCUGUCACGCUUCCUCGGUUCGCCGUGGCAUCCUAUCACGGCUUACAAGGGGGCGUGCGCGCCCGUGUGGUUGGCGCUGCAGGAGCAGGGCGCGCUGGAUGCGGUGGGCGCUGAGCGCAUCAAGUACGGGUCGAGUACGACCUGGGCGGGCGAGGACCGGGUCAAGAUGUCCGAGGUUGAGGGGUGGGGGUGGGACGGCCGCGUUGCGGACCCCAAUGUCGCCGUGUCUAAGGAUCGCGACACUAGGCUGCUGGGCAAGACCACUGGCCGGAAGCACGGCGCCACUGAACUGAGCGAGGGAAAGCGGGCAGAAUUCGAAGCACUUGGCGUUGCUUGCUGGCGGAAGAUGGAUGAGCUGAGAAAAGAAUGGGAAGUUCGUAUCCAGAAGAGCACGUCAAACUAAUUGUUCUGGGUAACAUAUACCGUUAGAUUUCUUCUUUUUCUUCUACAUUCAUACAUCUACCUAAUAAUAAUUUAAUUGAUUGGGAUGGGAGUGCGAAAUUGGGAGACGGAACUAAUGGGGUGCUUCCUUGGCACACAGUGUCCACGGAUCACAUGUAUAACUACCUAAUGUGGAAGUCGCUUCCAGAAUAGACGAAAGACAAAAUACAUUUACCUAAA